GUUGAAACAAUAUCAAGAUUUAUUUUGUAAAGAAAAAGGAAUAAUCUUUUUCUUUCUUUGUUGUCCAAAACCAGUUUAAUAUUACCGAAAGCACAACCCUAAUCAAUCAUCGUCUCCCUCACACAACCCACAAGUCAACAAACACACCUGCACUUUGCUACUUGCAGGUGUUGUGAUUAUGGCCACCGAAACCCCAAGAUCUUCAACAUCAUCCGCCGAUUCCUACAUUGGAAGCUUAAUCAGUUUAACAUCCAAAAGUGAGAUACGAUAUGAGGGCAUUUUGUACAACAUCAAUACAGAAGAAUCCUCAAUUGGGUUGCGUAACGUAAGAUCAUUUGGAAGUGAAGGGCGGAAAAAGGAUGGCCCACAAAUCAUGGCGAGUGACAAGGUUUAUGAAUACAUUUUAUUUCGUGGAAGCGACAUCAAGGAUCUUCAGGUGAAAACUUCAACCCCCGCCCCUCCUGUUCAACCUACACAACCUAUAAAUAACGAUCCUGCCAUUAUACAAUCUCAUUAUCCUCGGCCCGGUCCAACGUCAUCAAACCUACCGGCUGCAGUCCCGGGUAACCCUAUGCCUGGUCUUAGCACACAUAACCAACAAGCGGGACCCGCUUUUCAAGGUGGAAUGCCUUUAUAUCAACCGGAUGGAACUAUGGGGUCGUGGGGCCCUUCACCGCCUCCACCAAACGUCAACAUGUAUUGGCCGGGAUUCUAUGCCCCGCCAAACGGGCUUCCACAUCAGCAGUCUUUGUUUCGACCGACACCUAUGCAGUAUCCUGGUUUCGCCCCGUCAUUGCCAGGUGGCGUUACCAACCCGUCUGAUUAUUCUACAAGCUCAGCUGGUUUUACUACUUCCACAUCGUUACUUGCGUCCACUUUGCCUUCCGGUCUUCCUCCUGUACCGCCUUUGUUAUCGUCUACUGAACCGCUGCCAAGUUUUAUGCAAACGAAGGUCGUUAAUUCUGUGGGCCCCACAGCAAUGCCGCCCGUAUCUUUGACCACUGCGACUACUAGUAGCUCUGAUAUAAAUGUUACUGUACCUCCCGUUUCUCACAAAUCCAACGGGCUUUCUGGUGUGUUAUCCACACCGUCGUUAGUAACUCCAGGCCAGCUGUUGCAGUCUGGGGCUCAAGCGAUACAUAAGGUUGUUGAACCGGCUGCGCCAGCACCGCCGUCUGGACCUUUUGCACUACCUUCAUCUGGACCUUUUGCACCAGCACCGUUAUCUGGACCUUUAGCGCCAUCGUCAUUUGGACCUUUUGCGAUAGCAUCGUCAUCUGGUCCUUUUGCGCCACCGUCAUCCGGACCUUUUGCACCAGCACCGUCAUCCGGACCGUCUGCACCAGCACCAGCACCAGCACCAUCAUCCGGACCGUCUGCCACACCAUCAUCUGGACCAUCAGCACCAGCACCAUCAUCCGGACCGUCUGCCGCACCAUCAUCUGGCGCAUCAGCACCAGCACCAACACCAUCAUCUGGACCAUCCGCACCAGCACCAUCAUCCGCACCGUCUGCACCAUCCACACCAGCACCAGCGCCGGCACCUGCACCAGCACCAUCAUCUGAACCAUCCGCACCAGUUUCGGAUCCUACAGAAACUCAGCCUCCAAUAUUACCAUUACCAACUCAAACUGGUAAUCAUUCAAAGACCAACGGAGGUCCUUACCAUAACCGCAACAGUUACAGAGGGCGUGAAAGAGGCAGAGGAUCCGGGGGAUCACGACCAGUGAUGAAGUUCACAGAAGAAUUCGAUUUCACUGCAAUGAAUGAGAAAUUUAAUAAAGAUGAAGUGUGGGGUACUUUAGGAAAAGGCAAAAAAUCAAACUCAAAGGAAAGCGAUGAGGAUGAUUUCGAAGAUGAAAAUAACGCUUCUGCUUUGCCAAAAAUUGAUGUCAAGCCUGUUUAUAGCAAGGAUGACUUUUUCGAUACUUUGUCAUGCAACUCGAAUGAUAAUCGAAAUAACGGGAGGACGAGGUUCUCUGAACAGAUGAAACUAGAUACAGAGACAUUUGGAGAAUUCUCUAGAUACAGAGGGGGUGGUAGGGGCGGGCGUGGGCCCAACCGUGGAGGUCGUUCUCGAGGUGGCGGUUAUCAUGGAAGAGGAUACGGUUACGUUAAUAGGGCCCGUGGUGGGAGAAACCCGGCUCGCGAUUAUUAAGGUUUUCAGGUGUGCUUGGAAAAUCAUUUUCAAAAUUUUUAUUUUGAGUAUUUGUUACUUGCAAAUGAUUUAUGAGAUUUAUCGAUAACAUGGAGACGCUCAUCAUAAUAAAAAUAAAGUUAGCGGUCAUUAAAGUUUAUGUGA